AUGAGGCCAAGGAAAACACAGCAACACAUGGGCCAAUUGCCAUUAGCAAGGGUGAACCCCUCGUCAGCAUUCACUCACACGGGAGUGGAUCUCUGCGGACCUUUCGAGGUAUUACUCAACUACAGGACGAAAUCGAAGACGGCAGCAUACGCCUGCAUUUUCAUAUGCUUCUCAACGAAAGCAGUGCACAUAGAAGUAGUCGAAAACCAAUCGUCAAGUGCAUUCAUCGCCGCACUCAUAAGAUUCACCACUGUCCGAGGAACACCGCAAAAAAUAUACUCUGAUAAUGGGCGCAAUUUCGUGGGCGCAAGCAGAGAACUUGCUGAAUUGCGGAAAGUCUACAACAAUCAAAUAUUUCAAGACAAGCUUGUUGGGUUGAUUGCAGAGCGAGGAAUAGAAUUUUCAUUCAUUCCUCCAAGAAGUCCUAACUUCGGAGGGCUCUGGGAGUCAAACAUAAAAACUGCCAAACGCCUGUUCACGGGAGCAGGACGAGGAGCACACUUCAACAUGUUAGAGCUCCAAACACUCUUCUACCAGAUCGCUGCUAUAAUGAAUAGCAGGCCCUUAACGGCAACACAAACUCAACCAGGCUCGGUAGAACCACUGACGCCGGGCCAUUUUUUGAUUGGAAGGCCAAUGACUGCAUUGCCAAUCCCCAAACAGAAAAUUAAUGGAAGUAACUUGGAAGUGCGCUGGAAACGUGUUCAGACGCAACUCGAUCAAUUUUGGGACAGAUGGAAGAACGAAUACCUCCAUGAGCUGCGCAACUACGCAAAAUGGACAAAAAGGAACCCCAACGUCAAGGUCGGGCAGAUUGUACUCAUAGGAGAUGACAACAUCCCGACUGCAAAGUGGCCUAUGGGCAUUGUAACGCAAACGUUCACUGGAAUAGACGGAGCUGUACGUGUAGCAACGAUACGCACGGUUUCAGGCACCUACACGCGCAAUGUACGAGUUUUGGCACCACUGCCCAUCGAAACAACUGAAUCAGCAAUCAAUGAUACAGCUACAACAGAAGUCAUCAAGGAAGCAAGCAAUGAGCCAACAGAAAUGCCACAACUAAAUGCAACAGAGCAAGUAAGAGCAGCUGAGUUUGAAGAGGAUCCACCCCCAAGGUCUACUGAUUCGAUUUGGGGCGGCAGACUGCGCCCCACAGGGGGGAGAAAAAUGGAAGUUUCAUAA